ACCUGCCUAGCACAGUCGUCAAGGACUAGCUGACUCUGAGCCUGCAAGCACCGCCGGCCAUGGCAGCGCGGAGGUGGCUCCUCUGGCCGGGAGGGACCACGCUGGAGCAAUUCAAGGAGUGGCUGAAGCAGUUCGACGUGGACGGCGACGGCCGGAUCAGCAAGGCGGAGCUCCGCCAGGCCAUCCGCCGCCGGGGCUGCUGGUUCGCCACCCUCAGGGCUGGCCGAGCCCUCCGCCACGCCGACAGGGACAAGAGCGGCUACAUUGAAGACGCCGAGAUUGAGAAUCUCGUCGCGUUCGCGCAGAAAGACCUCGGCAUGAAGAUCUCUGCCUGGUAACUAGCUCGGUUUCAACUUUAGUACCACCUAGUGGGCACUCUAGUACCACCUUGAGUCGUGUGCUCUAGUUUCAACUUCGACAUGGCAAAUUAUGCAGAAUAAUGUGUGUACUAAA